AUACACACCAAGGCAUAUGUAAAUGAUGCAGCACGCACAAACAUUGCUUUCGUUGAGAAAACUUAAGCGCGGCUUUUAGUAACGGAUAUACGAGUACACCUUAACAGAUAUUAGCUGGCAUCAGCAUGGAUGAGUUCCCAGUGUUUCAAGUGCAAGUUGACGAAGUACUCGAGGAAGAGGAAUUUGAGAAACUGUAUGCGGCGCCCACGGAAAUCAUAGUAUUACUCUCCAUUUUCUAUGGCACUAUAAGCUUUUUUGCUGUUAUCGGCAAUUCGCUCGUAAUUUGGGUGGUGGUGACAACACGUCAAAUGCGCACCGUUACAAAUAUGUAUAUUGCCAACCUGGCGUUUGCUGAUGUCGUCAUUGGUCUGUUUUGCAUACCAUUUCAGUUUCAAGCUGCUCUCUUACAACGCUGGAAUCUGCCUUGGUUUAUGUGCGGUUUUUGUCCUUUUGUUCAAGCUCUAAGUGUCAAUGUAUCUGUUUUCACACUCACCGCAAUUGCAAUCGAUCGACAUCGCGCUAUCAUUAAUCCACUCAGAGCGCGUCCCACAAAAUUGAUGUCCCAAUUAAUACUCAUCGGUAUUUGGCUUGUGGCAUUCAUCUUCGCCACGCCAUGUGCCAUCGCCUUUCGGGUUGAAUUGGAGCAGGAACGCUAUAGAGAAAACGAUAUAAUAUUUAAUGUUACCCGACCGUUUUGCCUGAAUAAAAACCUUUCUGAGGAACAACUACAAAGCUAUCGUUACACAUUGGUAUUUAUGCAGUAUUUUGUACCGUUUUGCGUCAUCAGUUUUGUUUACAUACGAAUGGCGGUGAAAUUGUGGGGUACAAGAGCGCCGGGCAAUGCACAGGAUACGCGCGACAUAACACUUUUGCGUAAUAAAAAGAAAGUCAUUAAAAUGCUAAUAAUUGUUGUUGUUGUAUUCGGUGUAUGCUGGCUACCGCUACAAUUGUAUAAUAUUCUCUAUGUAACGUUCCCUGAAAUUAAUGAAUACCAUUUUAUAAAUAUUAUUUGGUUUUGCUGCGAUUGGCUGGCGAUGAGUAACAGUUGUUAUAAUCCAUUCAUCUAUGGCAUUUAUAAUGAAAAAUUUAAACGAGAAUUCAAUAAACGUUUUGCCACAUGCUUCUGCAAGUCGCACACACUACUUGACCUACAAGAGCGGACACUCUCAAUGCACACACGUGUCAGUUCAAUAAGGUCCACUAGUGCGCCCAACUCCUCCAUACGUGUGCGCAACAAUCACUUGAUGUAUAAUGAAGACAGUGGCCUAAGUGGCCACGACGGUCCUGCCACCGAAGAGUCCACACUUAUAAAAGUUCCAAGAACUCAAGCAAGUGGCUUUGAAACUAUCAACAAUACCGUUACAUCUACAAAUGGCUUCUUCGAUACGCAAAACGAAAACAGUGUUGGCAGCUUAUCCUGUAAUGAAAAAUCCAGCACUAACACUAACAACAACAAUACUGCUAAGGUUUGCAAAAAUAGUGAGCAUAAUAAGAUUGAAGCGCAACAAGUUGAUGUCAUCGAGAAUUCCAACGAAAACUCAUACGAGUUUGCAAAUGAAGUGGACAUGCUCUUGGCACGGCAUACACAUGCACAUAAUCAGUAGCCAAACUGGUCAACUGGGAUAAGAGUGCUGGAUAAGCGUUUUGCUUGUGAGCGAGUGUUCCAAGCAAAUAUAAAAAAACCAAAGAUAUUCCGAACGUGAAAACAGUUUUG